UCGGCGGGGCCGCGCAGGACCGUUCGCUGGGUGUUUGCACUGGGCUAGUGAGGAGCCGCUCGGGGAGGCGGGGAGGUGCUGGGGCGCCGGGAUCUGGAUCGCGCGGCUGCAGCCUUGGAGGCACCGGGAAAAACCUAGCGGAGAAACGAGGAUCGAGCAAUCUCAACAAACUGUACAAUAACAGUUGAGUGGGUUCUAAAAAACGUCUAAAGUUUAGUGGCUGCAUCUACCUUCUGCUUUCUCCCCACCCUUUAAAAGAGAAUAAAUGGGAUGUUUGAGAAGAGAGCUAUAUUAAAGAAGAGUAUUGCAAAUGGCUUCAGAAUCUAUGAAUGGAAAACCAACUAAGAAUCACUUCACAAAGGGAAAAAGACAACAGCACCAGCAAAUAAAGAACAGAUGUUCAAUUAGUGAUGGUAAUGGGGAAGAUUCCUUCAUCUUUGAAGCAAAUGAAGCUUGGAAAGACUUUCAUAGUUCUCUUCUUCAGUUUUAUGAAAAUGGAGAACUCUGUGAUGUCACACUAAAGGUUGGCUCAAAGCUAAUUUCUUGUCACAAGCUGGUAUUGGCUUGUGUUAUUCCCUACUUCAGAGCCAUGUUUCUCUCUGAAAUGGCUGAAGCCAAGCAAACGCUGAUUGAGAUCAGAGAUUUUGAUGGUGAUGCAGUAGAAGAUUUGGUAAAGUUUGUCUAUUCUUCACGGCUCACUUUGACUGUUGACAACGUCCAACCUCUCUUAUAUGCAGCCUGUAUUCUGCAGGUUGAACUGGUGGCUAGAGCUUGUUGUGAAUACAUGAAGUUACAUUUUCAUCCGUCCAAUUGCCUGGCAGUAAGAGCCUUUGCAGAAAGUCACAAUCGAAUAGACUUAAUGGACAUGGCAGAUCAGUAUGCCUGUGAGCAUUUUACCGAAGUAGUAGAGUGUGAAGACUUUGUAAGUGUGUCACCCCAGCAUAUCCAUAAGCUUUUGUCCUCCAGUGAUCUAAAUAUUGAAAAUGAAAAGCAGGUCUAUAGUGCUGCCAUCAAGUGGCUGCUUGCCAAUCCUCAGCAUCAUUCCAAGUGGCUGGAUGAAACACUUGCACAGGUUCGUCUGCCUUUGUUGCCAGUUGAUUUUCUUAUGGGUGUUGUGGCAAAAGAACAGAUUGUCAAACAAAAUCUGAAAUGUAGAGAUUUACUGGAUGAAGCAAGAAAUUACCACCUUCAUUUGAGUAGCAGAGCAGUACCUGACUUUGAAUACUCCGUUCGGACUACUCCAAGGAAGCAUACUGCUGGUGUGCUGUUUUGUGUAGGUGGUCGAGGUGGAUCUGGUGACCCCUUUCGCAGUAUAGAAUGCUAUUCUAUCAACAAAAACAGUUGGUUCUUUGGACCAGAAAUGAAUAGCCGGAGACGACACGUGGGUGUAAUCUCUGUGGAAGGUAAAGUGUAUGCAGUAGGUGGACAUGAUGGAAAUGAACAUUUAGGUAGCAUGGAGAUGUUUGAUCCUCUCACUAAUAAAUGGAUGAUGAAGGCAUCAAUGAACACAAAGAGGCGAGGAAUUGCCUUGGCCUCCUUAGGAGGCCCAAUUUAUGCGAUCGGAGGGUUAGAUGACAAUACUUGCUUUAAUGAUGUGGAGAGAUAUGAUGUAGAAUCUGAUCAGUGGAGUACAGUGGCACCAAUGAAUACUCCCCGUGGAGGAGUUGGCUCUGUGGCUCUAGUAAACCAUGUUUAUGCAGUAGGUGGCAAUGAUGGAGUAGCUUCUUUAUCUAGUGUGGAGAGAUAUGAUCCACAUCUGGAUAAGUGGAUAGAAGUUAAAGAAAUGGGUCAACGAAGAGCAGGCAAUGGAGUUAGUGAGCUUCAUGGUUGCUUAUAUGUUGUUGGUGGUUUUGAUGAUAAUUCUCCUCUGAGUUCGGUUGAGCGGUAUGAUCCUCGAAGCAACAAGUGGGAUUAUGUGGCAGCUCUUACCACUCCCAGGGGUGGAGUGGGGAUCGCAACAGUGAUGGGCAAAAUCUUUGCAGUUGGUGGUCAUAAUGGCAAUGCAUACUUAAAUACAGUAGAAGCAUUUGAUCCAGUGCUGAAUAGGUGGGAGCUUGUUGGAUCUGUGUCUCACUGCAGAGCUGGAGCAGGCGUAGCUGUGUGUGCCUGUUUAACUAGCCAAAUUCGAGAUGUAGGUCAUGGAUCCAGUAAUGUGGUUGAUUGUAUGUGACCUGAGUUCCAACCACCAACAAUUACAUAUCCACCAACCGUACAUAACAAUCCACAUAACCACCAAUCAUACCUGACAGGCAAGAAAGACAAGAUACUGAUAUGACCACCUUUUAACUACAACUAGAGUCUUACUUAAAUGUUAACUGUUGUAUUGUGAUGAAGUACAAUUUUGGAAUGGUAGCUGUAGUAUUAUUGUAAUAAAGUUAAAUUUGUUACUUCCUAUUAGCAAGUAAUGUCUAACUUGAAAGCAUACCUGCUCUGAAAAAAUGUUUAAGGUAGUUAAAUGUUAAUAUGUUGUGUUUUUUUGGAUGAAUCAAAAUGUAACUUGUUGAGUUUUACCUUUCUUUUGCCUAAAGGUAGUAACUUCAGGCAGUGGAUUUUUCCUACAGGGGAGAUUAGAACCUAUUCAUCAACACAAGGACACAUAAGAAACCUGUUCCUUUUGAGGAUCAUAUAUACUUGGUGCUGAUGAAUGUAUUAUGCCUUGCUUUUUAUCUAGGUGUUGGUUUUUCACUUUCUUAGAUAUUUACAGAAGAAGAAAUAAUGUUUUGUCUUUCUGAGUGCUACUUGGCUGCAUUUUCAGAAGCUCGUAGGAGUGCUAUAUGAGAAGCUCUUAAUUUCAGUUUGAAUUGCUAGGACACUAAAAGACCUAGCUGUGCUAAUUCCAUCUGAAAGAGUCUACAAUUUUAUUUUUUCAUCUCAUGCAAAAAGAUUUGCUUUAUAAUAAGCAAAAAGUGAACUAGAGGAAAGAUGAGAGAAAGCUUUAGAUCUGAUGUUAUUCUCAUCCCCAGUUGAGAGAUCUUGAGAAGUAGUAGUGUAGAUUAUUGUGCAUGACUUCCUAAUAAGGGGAAUCUGAAAAUACUGUUAACUCCUUUCUUUGAUUUAAUCAUUUCAUUUUGAACCCAAGAUUUUUUAUCUUUUUAUUUUGCUGUGUGCCACCAUCCUGGUUUUUCUGACCAUACAGAAUCUGGAUUUAUUAAUUAUCAGAAAGUUAAUACAUUUUUAUAAAAACCUUUUAUAGACUAUAACUUACCAAUUAAUUCAAGUCUAUCAUUAAGCAAUAAAACAUAUUGUUGGUAAAAACAGAGAAAGAUUGAAACUACUGUUUUUCUCAUUAUAUUU